CGGUCGCAUCAUCCGAAGAACAACUUGGAGAAUAUCGCUGCCGCAACUGUUGGGAGAUCGGUUUCUUCGGAUGGGGCAAAGCGACACCAGUUUCGCCCUCAUAUACACACUGUGGCGUUAGACGGAGAUGCUGAUUACAUCCAAGUAUUGCUGUGACGCCGGAGGCGGCCGAAGUGUGUCCAACUCGUCAAUCAACGAAUCGGCAGAUGAACGCCACCACAGAGCCGGCUACUAAGGCCGUGCCGAGGCCAAAAACCAUCAUGGACCAGCACCAGGUCACCGUCACCAGCACCGACGACCGCGAGACGUGGAACAAGAAAGUGGACUUUCUGCUGUCCGUGAUCGGGUUCGCCGUCGAUCUGGCCAACGUCUGGCGUUUCCCCUAUCUCUGUUACAAAAACGGCGGAGGUGCAUUUUUGGUGCCAUACUGUAUAAUGUUGGUGAUUGGCGGGAUUCCCCUGUUUUAUAUGGAACUGGCCUUGGGGCAGUUCAACAGGAAAGGUGCCAUCACUUGUUGGGGACGACUUUGUCCACUGUUUAAAGGUAUAGGAUAUGCAGUGGUGUUAAUAGCUUUCUACGUCGACUUCUACUACAAUGUAAUAAUUGCAUGGGCUUUAAGAUUCUUCUUCGCAUCCUUCACAGACAUGUUGCCUUGGACUACUUGUGAUAAUCCUUGGAAUACUCCUUUCUGCCGACCAUUCGAAUUUCCAAUCCAAAACUACACAUCCAUAGAAAUGAAUCGGACAGAUUUGAUGGUGAAAAGUCUUGGUGGAAGCAGUGAUUCCAGGUUUGCCUCUGCUGCGUCUGAGUACUUCAAUCGAGCCAUUUUGGAGCUGCAUCAAAGCAAAGGUCUGCACGAUUUGGGUGCGAUAAAAUGGGACAUGGCGCUGUGUCUGCUAGCCGUUUAUAUAAUCUGCUACUUCUCACUAUGGAAGGGUAUUUCCACUUCAGGAAAAGUCGUCUGGUUCACUGCUUUAUUUCCUUAUGCUGUGCUAUUGAUUUUGCUAGUCCGGGGUAUAACUUUGCCUGGCUCAGCUCAAGGAAUCAAGUACUACCUCAGUCCAAACUUCAGUGCCAUUGGAUCAGCGGAGGUGUGGGUUGAUGCAGCAACGCAAGUCUUCUUUUCACUUGGGCCAGGAUUUGGAGUACUUUUAGCCUAUGCUUCAUACAACAAGUACCACAACAACGUCUACAAAGAUGCCCUGCUGACCAGCGUAAUCAACUCCGCGACGAGCUUCAUAGCUGGAUUCGUAAUAUUUUCAGUUUUGGGCUACAUGGCACACGCCGCUGGACGACCUAUCCAAGAAGUGGCCACUGAAGGUCCUGGAUUGGUUUUUGUGGUGUACCCAGCUGCGAUUGCUACGAUGCCCGGCAGCAUAUUUUGGGCGCUCAUUUUCUUCAUGAUGUUGCUCACACUUGGCUUGGACAGUUCUUUUGGAGGUUCAGAGGCGAUCAUCACAGCUUUGAGUGACGAGUUCCCAAAAAUUGGCCGGCAUCGAGAAGUCUUCGUCGCCUGCUUGUUCAGCCUGUACUUCUUGGUCGGUUUAGCAUCUUGUUCCCAAGGCGGAUUCUACUUCUUCCAUUUGUUGGACCGAUACGCUGCCGGCUACUCGAUGUUGUUUGCAGUGUUCUUCGAAGCCAUCGCCGUGUCCUGGAUAUACGGUACACAAAGAUUCUGCGACGACAUCAAGGACAUGAUUGGGUUCGCGCCUGGUUUAUACUGGAGGUUUUGUUGGAAGUUUGCUGCACCUGUUUUCCUUCUUUUCAUCAUAGUCUACGGAUUAUUGGGUUACGAACCUUUGAGCUACGAGGAUUACGUGUAUCCAGCUUGGGCGAAUAUUUUAGGUUGGACAAUAGCUGGCAGUUCGGUCAUCAUGAUACCAGCCGUUGCUCUAAUUAAGUUCUUGUCCACGUCGGGAUCUUGUAUGAAGAGACUGAAAAUAUUGACGACGCCGUGGAGGGACACCCAGUUGGGUACUCAGGUCAAUGGAGUGGUGCAGUCUGAGAGCAACCAGGUUAGGCUGGCCUCCACAGACACACCUCUACAGUCUCCCGUCGAGGUUUGAGAGAAACAACGAUUCAUUCUUAAAUUUAAAGAGUAUUACGUCUGAAAAUUUCUGUUGGAACAGCUCUUUCAUGGAACUGUUCGAAUGGGACUUUUUGUCUAGUUAGAAUAGAUAUAAAUAUACAAAAUUAGGAAGCCUUUAAUAAUCUUAUGCCUAUUUAGUAGAAAAUUAACUUGUAAGGAGGAAAAUGUGCGAAAAUCUACGUAAUCAGCCAUAGUUAGGUCAUUCUGUAAAUGCUCUAGCUAAUACCAGUUUUUUGGACACUUUUCACUUUCAGCAAUUAGAAAAAUAUUAAAUGUAGAUAUUAGAACAUGUAUUUAUUAGCAAUAAAGCUAAGAAAUGUACUUAAUAGUUUACAUAGGUAAGAUUUAUAUCGACCCUUUAUAAACUAACUACAUACGUGUAUAGCAUAAAAUGUUUAUUAGACUGUUAUUUAUUGUUACCAAUUUAAUUGUUGUAAAAUUAGUGUAAAGUGUUAAAUGUGAAUAUAUUUUAUACGUUUGUCAUACUGAAAAACGUCCAAGCAGCCAUUUGGAUGUUUUUUAUUUUAGUUGUAAGGGAAUGUUUGAUUUUAUUUCAAAACAGCGCCAACAUUAUUCCUUGCUGACCAAUUUAUUCGUAUUUUUAGAUAUAUAUAUACAGGUGAUUUGUUAGUACAAACAAACAGUUUAUUCGUAACAGCCAUUACGGAUAAACUAUCCAAUAAACUAAAUUUUUAUAAUAAA